ACAGAAUGAUGCGUAAAGGAAAAAGGAAAAGUGCUACUACUUACUUGGCUGCGGGUGUCCUUCUGACAUGUUUUUUAGCGCAAACGAUAGACUGUUAUCGACUGAAGAAAUCAGAAAGACAAAGAGAAGGGCGAAACGACGCCGAUACAGCCAAAACGAUAGGUCUCCAAGAGGGGAAAAUUGUGUUCGGGAGAGUUUUUGAGAAAGAUUCAGGCCUAGAGUCACAAGGGACCAGAAAAAGUUCUGCAAACGCUUCUGCGGAGGAUGAAACGGCUUAUCAAGCGGACUUCGCGGGCUGGUCAAAAGGACAAGCACAUGAUACCGGUUCCAGAGAAGCAUCAUGGAAGCGCAUGGCACCUUCCCUGCAGUGUGGUUGGGACCAGAUGAAGUUCAGAGCGGUGGGACCUGGAGCUUCACAGUUUGCAGUGGAACAAGGAAAUGUGUCUCCAAUGCCUCUGUCCCAGGUCCCUGCCACCUGUGGCUACAGCAUGCAGAGGAACUCCCUUGCACUAGUUAUGUUGGUUCCAUAUGAUGGCUGCAGUGUUUUUCAGGAGGGCGGAAGUUAUGUUCUGCCAAUGCGUUGGCAGGGUAUCCCAGUUUCACUCUGGUGCCCUAAACCUGCAGCACCUGCUCCUACGACUGCUGACCCACAUCCUGUACCUCAGACACCCAGCUACCUUCCAUCAUACCCCCAGAUGCAAGAACCCAAGAACCCAGGCAUUUCAAAUCCCAAAAUCCCCCCAUCCUAUUUCUUUCCACCUUAUCUGCCUUAUCCUCAGUACCCUUCAGUGGUUGUACCAACAACUACGACAACCACAACCACAAAGAAACCAGAAAUGCCUAAGCUUCCGCAAUACCCCUCUUUCCCCUUCCCUCCUUUUUAUCCCUACUUUCCUCCCCCUCUUCCUGUCACAACAGCAGCGCCAACCACAACGGCUGCUACCACUACAACCACCACUGCAAAGCCUGCUGCCACAGCUCCUCCCCCAGUAUUUCCUCCACCUUUCUACCCACCUUUCUUUCCUCCCUUUCCUUGGCCCUUCCCUGGACCUCUGCCAACAACUGCAUCGACCACAACUACUCAAACAACCACAACUAAACCAACUACUCAACCACAGUUUCCGCCAUAUGUCUUUCCACCUUUCUUUCCUCCAUAUCCUCCUUUUUUCCCUCCAAUUAUCCCUCCCUAUCCUCAAUAUACAACCUCUAAGCCUGAGACGACGACGACAACCACUAGCACGACAACAGAGAAAACGGACUCCAUAGUGACCCCAGCACCGUCACACCAUCACCCACAUUUUCAUCCACAUGUCCACCUUCCAUUUCCUUAUCCCCCUCCUUAUCCCCCUCCUUAUCCCCCCCCUUAUCCCCCUCCUUCACCCUAG